UGCUAAGGUCCACCUCGCGAAAGUACUCGGCAGACGCGUGCCGAUCGUGCAGUUAGAUGUUUUCGACCUGCCGACGCUUCGACCUGCUUGCAUCGCCCUGGCACCCUGAGGCCGCGUGCCCCCACUUAGGGUAGACUUCGGUGGCAGUGCGGUUCGUUCGAGACCACGUGACUUUCCUCCGAGGCUCCGACGGUGGGUGCAAAAUACUUGCACACUCUCCAGGCAGUAGUUGUGCGAGCGAGUUAUAUCGUGAGUACAGGCGAAUUUGGAGCGCGAGUGUUGCGUUGACAAGGAGUUUUAAGUGCUUACAGAAGGGCAGAUUAGUUUCACUCGAUACUCUCGUAAUAUUUCGGCCUGGUCCCGUGUGUUUGCCACUCUCAGAAGUUUUGCAUCGGCCACCAUAUGAGCUCUUUGAGCAGACAGACUCGAGUCGCGAAGAAAAGUUUGGGUCGGCGGCUGCUUUGUCAGCUGAGCCCUGAUUAACUGCUGUCCUGUCGGUGGUGAGCCGCAACGGUGGCAGCCUACGAGGACGAGGGCUACCUCGCGGGGGUGGACGAGCUCAACGGCGACGAUGAAGACGACGAGGUCGCCUCGUCGUCGUCGCCCAGGGUCACCGUGACGCCCGCCCCCGAAGGCCCCCGUCGCGAAUACAAACUGAAGAAGGCGUGGGGCCUGUACAAGAUGCUGAAGAACUCGGAAGAGGGGACCUCUGCCGCCUCCGAGGAGGCCCGCGCAAAGACUUACAGGGUCAGCUUCCAGAAGCACCUGCAGGGUGUUUCGUCGCAGGCGCCGCUCAGGGCGCCCGGUGGAAGGUCAAGAAGCAUGAGCGCUUGGAGUGACAUCAGCAGGACUAGCUUUCGAAUGGAUGAAAGAGUGCGGGUGGAAUACUACGUGAAUGAGAAUACCUUUAAGGAGAGACUGCAACUCUAUUUUAUCAAGAAUCAACGCUCAAGUCUUCGUAUAAGAAUAGCGAACCUCUUUUUUAAGCUUCUGACAUGCCUCCUGUACAUAGUGCGCGUAAUCACCGACUCGAACCCCAACGACGCUGCGUGCUACGGCUGCACCCCUGGGAACAAAACACUGUACAUACUCGCGAGCAACUUGACCGACGAAAAGUUCCAAGAAAACCCCAUCAUCAAUUGGGAUGCGAUCCUCUGGGUAAACAGGCCGCUCGAACUAUGGAUCGUUCAGGUCAUCCUGGCCAUGAUCAGCCUGGCUGAAGCACUGCUACUUGCCUACCUCGGAUACAAGGGCAAUAUUUGGCAGCAGCUGCUAUCCUUCCAUUUUAUACUAGAGCUUGUUAACACAAUUCCCUUCAUGCUAACGCUCCUUUGGCCACCUCUACGUAACUUGUUCAUCCCGGUUUUUCUCAACUGCUGGUUGGCUAAACACUCUUUGGAGAAUAUGUUUAAUGAUUUGCACCGCGCGAUGCAGAAGUCUCAGUCCGCCUUGUCGCAGCAGCUGAUGAUUCUUUCAGCCACGCUGCUGUGCUUAGUGUUCACGAGCGUGUGCGGGGUGCAACAUUUUCAGCGGGCAGGACACCGGCACCUCAACCUGUUCCAGUCCAUGUACUACGUGGUGGUCACCUUCUCCACGGUCGGCUACGGCGAUUUCGUGCCGGACAUUUGGCCCUCGCAGCUCUACAUGGUCAUUAUGAUAUGCGUUGCCCUCAUCGUCCUCCCUACACAGUUUGAGCAGUUGGCAUUCACGUGGAUGGAGCGGCAAAAACUGGGCGGCUCAUACUCGUCGCACAGGGCCCAGAGCGAGAAGCACGUGGUCGUGUGCAGCACCACCCUGCACGCUGACACCAUCAUGGACUUCCUCAACGAGUUCUACGCGCAUCCUUUGUUGCAGGACUACUAUGUCGUGUUGUUGUCGCCCAUGGAGUUGGACACGACGAUGCGGAUGAUCCUGCAAGUUCCCAUUUGGGCGCAAAGGGUCAUUUACAUUCAAGGCUCGUGCCUCAAAGAUGCAGACCUGGCCAGGGCGCGCAUGAAUGAGGCCGAGGCUUGCUUUGUGUUGGCGGCCAGAAACUACGCCGAUAAAACAGCAGCUGAUGAGCACACGAUACUCCGAUCGUGGGCGGUGAAGGACUUUGCGCCCAACGUUCCUCAGUACGUGCAGAUAUUCCGGCCAGAAAACAAAUUGCACGUGAAAUUCGCCGAGCACGUUGUGUGCGAAGACGAGUUUAAGUAUGCGCUGCUGGCCAACAACUGCACGUGCCCCGGCACAUCUACCCUGGUAACCCUUCUGCUCCACACCUCCAGAGGACAAGAGGGCCAAACGUCCCACGAGGAAUGGCAUCGUCUCUACGGGAAAUGCUCAGGAAAUGAAAUAUACCACAUUGUGCUUGGCGACAGUAGGUUCUUCGGCGAGUAUGAGGGGAAAAGCUUCACCUACGCCAGCUUCCACUCGCAUAGAAAAUACGGUGUUGCGUUGGUUGGGGUGCGACCAGCAGAGCUCCCCGAGUUCUACGAAGAGACAAUCUUGUUGAAUCCAGGGCCGAGACACAUCAUGAAGAAAACAGACACAUGUUUCUACCUAAGUAUCACCAAAGAGGAGAACUCGGCGUUCAUCGUGGCUAACAACGCCACAUCGCCAGAAAAGGAGCAAGCGACGGGAGCUGUCCCUGGCAGUGCAGCAGGCUGUGAGGCGGGUGCGGGCGCCGAAAAGACACUCCAACAAACCGCCAAUUCAAUUAUGACAACAAUUACGGACGCGAGUGUUUGUGAUUCUUUUGAGCAACUUCAAGAAACUCCCAUUGGACCAAAUCACUUAGGACUUCCAGUCGUAGACAAUAAUCCUAACUUUUUAAGUCCGGACACCUUAAGCCAAAGAAGAGGCAGUAGACGACCUAGUAUUUUGCCUGUGCCAGACAUGGUGACCAGUUCCACUCUAAACAUCGCUUCUGCCCCUCAAGACGAGGCGGACGAGAGCGAGGACGAGCUGGAUGACGAUGUUCCUUGGCGGUCACCGAGUGAGAAAAUCACAUGGUUUGGUCAUGAACUCGAGGAAGAGGAAGUUUUUGGCGAGGAGGAGGUCGACGAAGACGGCGAGAAACCAAUCUGGCAUGACGAGUACAAAAGCAUUGUGAAAGGCUUUCCGCCAGUUUCUCCUUACAUUGGAGUGAGUCCGACGCUGUGUUAUCUCCUCAAAGAGAAGAAGCCGCUCUGCUGUUUGCAGUUGGCUCAGAUCUGCGAACACUGCAGCUACCGCAAUGCCAAGGAGUACAACUGGCAGAACCAGACAGUGAUUUUGGCCGCGGACUACGCCUCGAACGGCAUCUACAACUUCAUCAUCCCGCUGAGGGCGCACUUCAGGCAGAAGACCUCGCUCAACCCCAUUAUCCUGCUGCUCGAGCGCCGACCUGACAUCGCCUUUUUGGACGCAAUCUCAUACUUUCCCUUAGUCUAUUGGAUGCUCGGAUCGAUCGACUGCCUUGAUGAUUUGCUUCGGGCUGGCAUUACAUUGGCUGAAAAUGUUGUCGUUGUGAACAAGGAGUUAUCAAACUCGGCAGAGGAGGACACUCUGGCUGACUGUAACACAAUCGUGGCUGUACAGACUAUGUUCAAGUUCUUCCCAAGCAUCAAAAGCAUCACGGAGCUGUCGCAGAGCUCGAACAUGAGGUUUAUGCAGUUCCGGGCGCACGACAAGUACGCGCUGCACCUCUCCAAAAUGGAAAAGGUAUUGAAGGGCAGCCAGCUAGUCCCAAGCCAGCUCCUCACGCCAGAUGAUGCUGCUGGUUUUUACAGGCAAGAGAAAGAAAGAGGCUCGCACAUCUCAUAUAUGUUCCGACUUCCUUUUGCGGCUGGCUCGGUCUUCAGCGCCAGCAUGCUGGACACUCUGCUUUACCAAGCCUUUGUGAAAGACUACGUCAUCACCUUCGUCCGCCUCCUUCUUGGCGUCGAUCAGGCUCCUGGCUCGGGAUUUUUAGCCUCUAUGAAAAUCACCAAAGAAGACAUGUGGAUUAGAACUUAUGGACGCCUUUACCAAAAACUUUGCUCCACUACCUGUGAGGUACCAAUUGGUAUUUACAGAACGCAGGACACUUCACUUUGCGACACGAAUUCCCAGGCCCAUCCGCGAUUUAUCCAAUCUCUCAUUGAUCAUUGGUUUGAACUGGGCCAAAAAGUCAAGCACCCCAAUAAGUUCGGAGACGAUGAAGCAAACACUGGCAGCCAGCAACAGCCAACUUCCGGUGAUCUGGGGGUCGGAACUUCUUACAAGGCUGCUAAGAGCGAAAAAAGCGGUGCAGGGGCUUACUGCCUAGGCUGCACGUACGACCGGGGGUCCUCGGAGGAUGUCUCCUUGCUGAUGUCUCAGUAUUCCGUCAACCUGGUCGACGAGGCGCGCGAUAACCACACGCAGAUGAUCGAGCGAGCCGAAAUCGCCAACCUGGUGCGCUCGCGCAUGGAGUCGCUCAACCUACCCGGCAUCGACUACAUGGACGUCAGCGAGAAAAGGAACAGCCUCUCCUACGUCAUCAUCAACCCUAGCUGCGACCUCAAGCUUGAGGAAGGCGACAUUAUAUAUCUUAUAAGACCGAGUCCGUUCUCCGCCCAGAAAACGUUUGAGCGUCACAAUAGCCGCCGCAAGUCCAACAUCAGCUUCUGCGGCCCCCCGCCCGGCGGCAGCACGAUUGGGGCACCCGUGUUCCCCUCGAGGGCUCCUCCGCUGGGCGCCAAGUCCAACUCGCUGUCGCUGCCCGAGAGCCCGACCCUGCAGCCAUCUCGCCUGUGCCGCAGUCGGUCCAAUUCGCUGCGCAUCACCGACGACAUCCUGCUGCGAAGGUCCAACUCGCUGCGGCAGGGGCUGUCUACAGCUGGCCUGUCACGUCAGCAGCGCCGCAAGAGCAGCCUGGAGGACGUCGGGCUGGCCCUGCUGCGUCCACCAGCGCCCAAAAUCGCGCUCAACGGCAGCAUCGGGCUGGAGGUGACGCCGCCGGACGACUCAGAGCAGCAGUUCGCGUCGUCAUCGCGCUCGCUGGUCGAGCCCUCCAACUACGGCGGCGACCCACAGCACCUCCAGGGCACGAUUGUAUGAUAUCACCUUAUGUGGGGGCGGCGCAGAAGUGGCACAGCGCAAAGGAGCCUUUGGCUUUGAACGCAUUUCACUUGUAGCUCUCACAUCGUCAUCGCAGCUGAACACGCAUUUGCAUAAAAUAUGUUAUACUCACUUGUACCCUCUUAACGUUGCGCCCAUAGAUCAUGUUCUAGAUAACCACCUCAGAUCCGAUCGAGACCAGAAGAAAUGCGGGUCUUCGCGUUUAAGGUUGGAGUGGGCUCAUAUCCCUCUAUUGUUCGUGUAUCAAUAUUUCUGUUUUGUUAUUGACAGUGAAAAGUUAUGUAUUUGUUUCACCCAAUUUAAAUUAAUUUUAAACCAAGGCAAUUCUUUGAUUACUUGCUGCGCAGUUCGCAAAUAUUUAUUAUUUACACUUUUUAUGUAUUUUACUUUUAAGUGAAAGAAAUAAAAAGGAGCUCAUUUGGUAAAAUGCAGCCAAACCUUUAAAGUUAAACAAUCGAGCCAGUGAAGCACCCUCCGAAUUUUAAAUUACAGCGCGGCGACUCUCAUUUCACAAAGUCUUGAUCCGACUCGUUGUCGUGUACAUAAAUACUUAUGGACUGCUUUUCGACGCAUACAGUUCAGUUCGUUGCAAUUGAUUGAAAUGAUCAAAUUCUCGCUGAAUCAAACAAGUGCUUGUUGAUGCUUGAAGCGCGGCAUGAAAUUGUAUCGAUUUGGCGUCCACCUUAAAAAGGGCGCCUUUAAAUCCGUUUCACCGCUCCUCCAGCUACCGACGCUAAAUUACUGACCAAAAUUUUUGCCAUCUCGCCAUGCUAUCCUCCACUCACUGUAGUUUUCGACAAAAAUCUUUGAAAGAACAAAAAAAUAUAUAUCUCACAGGCACACACUUUUUUGACGCGCUACAUAUUUUUGUAAGCAAAUCUGUCAGCAGAAAAAUGCAUGUGGGACGUUAGGGAAUCUUAUUCAUAAAACAUGAAUCAAAAAUCCACAAUUGUUGACAAGUUGAUAAAAAAAAAUACUCUUGAGAUGAAUUGUGCAUUUGAUUUUUUGCCGAAGAAUAAAAAGAACGGGAAAUAUUAUUUUCAGCCGGUUUCUGAGUGUAUUUAGAUGAGAGGAAUUAAAGUGAGUGAUUCGACCGUUUCGCAAUCAAAAUUACAAAUAUUGCAGUGCAUCUUGAGACUGAUCUAUCAGUGACUAAUUCGUUUAUCUGUGAUUUGUAUCUAUCUGUUGUUGGCUGAAAAUGGAAACUCGUGCUCGCUCUGGCAGGUGGCUCUCACGGCUAUAUACUAUUUCAUUUGUUGACUUUGAAAAACAUGUUGUUAUUGAUCCAGAUAAUAUGUCUCAAGUGUACUCUCUUUCCCAACAGUUGCAUUUUGGGCGUUCCGAAGCUUUAGAUUUGUGAUUUAUGUCAGAGAAUCAUUAUUGUAUAUUGUGACAAAAAUUUUGAGAGAAAUGUUGAUCAAUGUAUUGAGAUGAUAAAUGAUAUAUUACACUAUGAAGACAUCGCCUUUCUAGUAUGGAGAUGUAGCUACUCUUCGUUGGUAAUUAAUUUUAAUAAAAGAAUCGCAUCACUAUGACAUAGCUGCAAAUAACAUGCUUAUCAUUCAAAAGUAUUAAAAAUGCAUUUGCUAUUAAAGGUUACUAAUUAUCAUGAUAAAAAAUAGAAAUACAAUUUAUACUAUGGCCCAAAAAACUUGCUUGUUGAAUAUUGCCAGAGAAUUUUGAAAUUUUAGGUGAUUUAGGUAGCGCAAAUAAAUGUUAAGUAUCCUGCGUUUGGAAUCAGGACAUAGCCGACAAAAGAUAUUUAUUGUACAUCAAAUUGGAUUUUAAAUUUUUGAUGCAGCCGCUCAAUGCAAUCAGCCACUUUGAACAACGGUCGUGAGGCUAAAAUAUCUUAAUAUACCAGUUUUAAUUAGAAACAAUUCACUACAUAUAACAUAUCACUUCUGGAUUUUCAAUUUGUGCAUCUCCACUGGCAGGGAUGAAAUGUACCUAAUGCGCUCUGUACAUACCGAAAUUUAUAAAUCGAAAUGAAAUGGGCUUUUGUGUCUCUAUCCCGAUUCGUAACAUAUUAUUAAUUCCUAGAUGUGCUUUUCAUUGAUUUCUGAUGAUUAUAUUGAUAAAUAAAUGCGAGGUAACUUUAUGCUUUAAGCGAGAGAAGGAAAUCUUGUUUUCUAAUUAGAAAUCAAGUCACGGUACGGGAGAGAUUCUCUUAAACUCUUUAUCAACAGAUUCGCAACAAACAGGAAAAUCGAUCAAAUGCUAUAUUUUUGUAAUCGCCUUGUUGGAGAUGGAAAACUCUCCCGUUGUGUGUCAGCACAGCACGCACACAGAACCAAAAUCCAUACACACACGUGGCCAGCGAGACGCGCGUUCCCUGCUGGCGCUUGUAGCUGUAAUCUUGUGUAAAUAAAAAUUAUCAAAAACCACACAACUCAAAUCAUCAAUAGCAGAUUACGUGCGAACGGCAUCACCUCAAUAUUAAACAUUUGAACGUGCAAACUUGAAAAUCGUAAUUAAUAAACUUACUUAGGAAACGCGGUAGAACAUGCAUUUUUAGUUCUUUGGAAUACUGUAUGUGAAGAAACUUGCCACCUUGCCAAUAUUAUAUUCCAUGAAUUGAAUGCCCUAUUUAGUGAUCAGCCAUAAUUUGUGACACGUGGCUUUGGAACUUUUUGGCAUUUCAAGAGAGAAAUUGUAACGAGUGUUGAGGCAUAUACAUUAAUUAAAAAAUCAUACGUACUUCAGACGCAGAUAAUGCAA